AUGAGCGCGUCGUGCAAGCUGGAUGUGCGCCAGCACGUUGAGGACGGCUACAGGGAUGAGUUGCCUGACAUGUGUGUCAUCGUGGACCGGUCUCGGGACAAGGCGCUAGAGAGCUUCCUAGAACGAUGCCGCAAGAAGCUGCGCAAGGCCAAGGACGAGGUGGCGCAAGCCAUGGUCCUGGCACUCUUGGUCUCGGACGCCUGCAGCAGGCACAUGCCGGGUGAACAACGGGAGGUGCUGUUGGGCGACCUGUUGGACAUGAGCGCCUCGCGCCCCAGCGCAACCAUGGGGCCACAGCGGGCUUUGCUCUUCAAGGCCAUCGCAGAUUGGCUCGGCAGUGUGCCAUGCACACUCGAGAGGGAUGUGUCCUUGAACGUGGUGCACGUGGGGUCCCAACUGCCCUGCGUGGUGGAUCUUCUCUUCGACCCCGGGGCGCUCUACGAGGAUCCCUCGGCCAAAUCCCAGGAGUAUCGCCGCCUCGUGGCCGACGCGGCCUUCACGGGCAAACCCCCGGUGCCGCCUUCGGCGCGCACCGACCUGGCCGGGCACAUGCCACGGCCGCCGUGGCACGUGGAGCCCUGGGAGCUGGAGAUCCAGCGCGCCCGGCGCGUCGGCCGCGGGGGCUUCGGGGAGGUCUUCCAGGGCCGCUGGGACGGAGUCCGCGUAGCGGUGAAGGAGAUGAAAGAUAACUCCCCGAGCCACCAGGAGGUCAUGGACUUCUUCUUGGAGAUCGCCAUUCUGUCGCAGCUGAACCACCCCAACAUCGUCCGCUUCUGGCGGGGCUCCGUGGAGCUGCACGGGCAGACCCGGAGCCUGCUGAUGGUCACGGAGUACAUCAAGCAAGGCGGGCUGUCGCGGCUGCUGCAUGGCCACGGCGGCCCCGCGCUACCGGAUCCCCUCACCUUGGCGCAGGCCCUCUCCUUCGCCCUGGACGUGGCCAGAGGGGUGCAGUACCUCCAUAGCAACCGGAUCCUUCACCUGGACUUGAAGAGUCCCAACGUACUUUGCGCGCCUGUGUGGACCGCCAAGCUCUGUGAUUUCGGCCUGGCCAAGAUGAAGGGCGAGGCCACCUAUGUGCAGUCGACCCUGCAGGGGGUGAGCCCCGUGUGGGCGCCUCCUGAGAUGUUCGACCAGAAGGAGGGGCUUACAGAGAAGGCGGACGUCUACUCCUUCGCCAUCAUCUUCUUCGAGCUGCUCACCAAGCGGGUGCCCUUUGCGGAGAUCUCGGCGGCGCAGCUGCCGGCGGUGAAGGCGGCCAACCAGCUGGCCAUCCCCUCUGGCGUGCCGGCGGACUGCGCGGAGCUCAUCCGGCAGUGCUGCGUGGCCAGCCCUGCGGCGCGGCCCUCCAUGAGCGGCGCACAGGCGCGGGUGCGGGAGAUCGCCCAGAGCCACGACAUCUCGCUGCUGGAGGUGAAGCCCCCCGCGGCUCUGCUGUGCUUUGACGACGACCAGCAGCGCCGCGUCCAGGAUGCGGAGGACGAGGCGGCGAGGCGCCUGGUGGAGGUGGACCGCCAGAGGGCGCACCUGCGGAACGAGCUGGCGGAGCUGCACAAGACGCGGAGCUGCUGA